GACACUUCCGGGAUUGAGUUGUUGUUUGACAGAAGGAGACGCGAGCUUCAGCGCUAGUUGUUCAUGGACCAGUCGUGCACAGUGCCUCUCUUAAAAUGGAAACAAGCACCUUGGGACCAGCGUCCCACGACCCACAAGAGGAAGGAUUCGGAAAUAUAAAGACGCUUGUGGAGGACCAGCUUCAAACCAGCAUGAUGGUGGGAAUAGUGCUUGGUGCUGGCAUCUCCAUAAUCCUCAUCGCCACCCUGAUCUUCUUUGUGCUGCGCAGGAUUCACCUUCGGAACCUCGCGGCUCAAGAAGCCCCCAAGUAUCGCUUUCGCAAAAGAGACAAAGUCUUAUUCUAUGGCAGGAAGAUCAUGAGGAAGGUCUCUCAGUCCACCUCGUCUUUAGUGGGAACAUCAUCGUCCUCUUCCUCCCGUCCAAGACUAAAAAAGAAACAGAAGAUGCUGAAUAUUGCCAAAAAGAUCCUCCGCUUUAAGAAGGAGGUGCCCACGCUGCAGAUGAAGGAGCCUCCUCCCUCAGUGUUAGAAGCGGAUCUUACAGAGUUCGAUGUCGCCAAUUCACACCUGCCCUCGGAAGUGCUCUACAUGCUUAAGAACGUGCGUGUGUUAGGCCACUUUGAGAAGCCGUUAUUCCUGGAGCUGUGUAAGCACAUGGUGUUUCUGCAGUUCCAGCAGGGCGAGUACGUCUUCAGACCCGGACAACCUGACAGCAGCAUCUACGUAGUGCAGGACGGCAAACUGGAACUCUGUCUUACUGGGCAGGAUGGAAAGGAUGGAGUUGUGAAAGAGGUGUUUCCCGGAGAUUCGGUUCAUAGUUUACUGAGCAUUCUUGAUGUCAUCACGGGUCACCAGAGAGCUUACCGGACGGUGUCUGCCAGAGCCGCAGAGGUGUCCACAGUUCUGCGUCUGCCUGUUGAGGCGUUUCUGUCCAUCUUUGAGAAAUAUCCAGAGAGUUUGGUGCGUGUGGUGCAGAUCAUUAUGGUGAGGCUGCAGAGAGUGACUGUCCUGGCUUUACACAACUACCUAGGUCUCACUAAUGAGCUCUUCUGCCAUGAGAUGCAGCCACUGCGACUCUCCGUGCUCUCUCCACACACCACCCGCACCAGCCCUGUACGCCACAGCAAACGCUUCAGCAGCCUCACUGUGCCCGAGGACCAGCGGGACGCCGCCGUCCGGGAUGCCAGCGCAGUGGAUCAUGGGAAGGAAGGCGGCACCAUCCCGACACUGAGCAGGGCUAUCUCCAUGCCUGUAGACAUUGCUGGCAUGCAAAAGAGCCUGCGUUCAGAUUUCGACAUGGCGUACGAGAGGGGACGCAUUUCUGUUUCUGCUGAGGAUGGAACACCUGUAGCUCCCAUGUUUACACGAGAUCAGCGAGAAAGAAGAGUCACGGUGGAUGAGGUGCCGUCGGGUGUCUAUCUGUACCCCGAGGAGGAAACGGGCUUGGAGAACAUUUACGGCCCGUUGCCAGGACGACCCAACGCCACCCUGUUCGAGGAGGCUCAGAAGGAGUUCCUGAAACUAAUGAAAAUCGAGGACCCUGCGCUGCUGAAUGGACGAGUGACCUUGCAUCAUGCCAAAGCAGGCGCCGUCCUGGCCAGACAGGGAGACCAAGACGUGAGUCUUCAUUUCGUCUUGUCUGGGUGCCUGCAUGUGUAUCAGCGUAUGAUCGACAAGCAGGAGGACGUGUGCCUGUUCGUGACGCAGCCGGGCGAGAUGGUGGGUCAGCUGGCCGUGCUGACAGGAGAGCCGCUCAUUUUCACCGUCCGCGCCCUCCGUGACUGCACCUUCCUCAGGAUCUCCAAAUCUGAUUUCUAUGAGAUCAUGAGGGAGCAGCCCAGUGUGGUCCUGAGUGCAGCUCACACUGUGGCCACCCGCAUGUCUCCAUUCGUCAGACAGAUGGACUUUGCUAUAGACUGGAUGGCUGUGGAAGCUGGACGCGCUCUCUACAGGCAGGACGAUCAGUCUGAUUGCACCUACAUCGUGCUGAACGGUCGUCUGCGUUCUGUCAUCCGGAAGGCGAAUGGAAAGAAGGAGCUGGCAGGGGAGUACGGUAGAGGAGAUCUCAUUGGAGUGGUAGAGGCUUUGACCAGGCAGCCACGGGCAACCACGGUUCAUGCAGUCCGAGACACAGAACUGGUGAAACUUCCAGAAGGAACACUUAACAACAUUAAGAGGCGUUAUCCUCAGGUUGUUACUCGGCUCAUCCAUUUGUUGGGCCAGAAGAUUCUAGGAAACCUCCAGCAGCCCCGUGGACCUUUCUCAGGUUCAGCCCUGGGUUUGCCCACCAUGGCAUCCAGCCCAGAUGUCACCAACCCGGCCAGCAACCUGUCCACUGUGGCGGUACUUCCUGUUUGCGAUGAAGUGCCAAUCAAUGCCUUUAACCUGGAGCUCAGUCAUGCUCUCCGUGCCAUAGGGCCCACUUUGCUGCUGACGAGCGAUAUUAUCAGAGAGAGACUUGGAGCUUCUGCUUUAGACAGCAUUCAUGAGUACAGGUUAUCAGGCUGGUUGGCCCAGCAGGAGGACAUCAAUCGUAUAGUUCUGUAUCAGACCGACAGCAGUAUGACUCCCUGGACUCAGCGCUGCAUCAGACAAGCAGACUGCAUCCUUAUCGUUGGCCUCGGAGACCAGGAGCCCACGCUUGGCCAGCUGGAGCAGAUGUUGGAGAACACAGCAGUGCGGGCUCUGAAGCAGCUUGUCCUGCUGCACCGUGAAGACGGCCCUGGUCCAUCUAGAACUGUAGAGUGGCUGAAUAUGCGCAGCUGGUGUUCCGGGCAUCUCCAUCUCAAGUGUCCGCGUAGAGUGUUCUCACGCAGGAGUCCCACCAGACUGAGGGAGGUGUAUGAGAAAGUGUUCGAGAAGACAGCAGACAGACACAGUGAUUUUUCCCGUCUGGCACGAGUCCUUACAGGAAACAGCAUUGCUCUGGUCCUAGGAGGAGGAGGAGCCAGGGGCUGCUCGCAUGUGGGAGUGAUCAAAGCCAUGGAGGAGGCGGGGAUUCCUAUCGACUUAGUCGGUGGAACGUCUAUUGGCUCUUUCAUUGGUGCAUUGUACGCAGAGGAGAGGAGUGCUGUCCGUGUGAAGCAGAGAGCCAGAGAGUGGUCGAAGGCGAUGAACUCUGUGUUUAAAACUGUGCUAGAUCUAACCUAUCCCAUCACCUCCAUGUUCUCUGGUUCCGCCUUCAACACCAGUAUUUCCAACGUGUUCGAAGACAAGCAAAUCGAGGACUUGUGGCUGCCUUAUUUCAAUGUGACCACUGACAUCACGGCGUCUUCGAUGCGUGUACAUAAAGAUGGCUCUCUGUGGCGCUAUGUGCGGGCGAGCAUGACCCUCUCCGGGUACCUGCCGCCCCUCUGCGACCCCAAAGAUGGCAACCUGCUCAUGGACGGCGGCUACAUCAACAACCUACCAGCGGACAUCGCCCGCAAUAUUGGAGCCAAAACUGUCAUCGCCAUCGAUGUAGGGAGCCAGGAUGAAACCGACCUGUGUAACUAUGGAGACAACCUGUCCGGGUGGUGGUUGCUGUGGAAACGGAUCAACCCAUGGGCGGAGAAAGUUAAGGUUCCUGACAUGGCUGAGAUCCAGUCACGUCUGGCUUACGUGUCGUGUGUCCGGCAGCUGGAGUUGGUCAAAAAGAGUGGCUACUGUGAGUACAUCCGGCCACCCAUCGACCGCUUCAAGACCAUGGACUUCGGCAAAUUUGACGAAAUCUAUGAUGUGGGCUACCAACAUGGGAAAUUGCUGUUCACCGGCUGGGCACGUGGUGACAUCAUAGAGAACAUGCUAAAAGACCACCGCUCAGCUGACUACACAGACAGCAAGAAGACUGAUAGCUGCACAUGUCCCGGUGCAGACUUCACUGAUCUGGCUGAGAUUGUGUCCAGGAUUGAGCCAGUGCACAGCUACGUUGCUGCUGAUGCAGAGGAGUCCGAUGGACUGACAGAGUAUGAGGAAGACGGGAUGGACACGGUGAGAGAAGAGGAAGGUGAGGAAGAGGAGGACGAAGCUGAUGACCCUGAAGACCACUCACCUGGAGAUUGGGGAGCAAAUGAUAUUUUUCAUUCAGAUGAUGAGAAAUCAGUACGUCAACGGAGAAAGAACCUCAGCGAGUCCAACACGUGCUCCGAGCUUUCCGACUGCUGACACAAAGUGACAUCCUGUCAUCAUGGAAGAGUAGAGACGUCCCUCCACGUCCGACUGACGGAGAGGAGUCAAGGAUGAAAACAGAGAACCAAAGAUAACUGCUCAAAAAUACUGCGAUACCACUGAAGCCAACAUGAGCAAAAAAAAAAAAAAAGGAAAAGGGUGACUUGAGCUGCUCUGGUUAUGUUGUGGGAAAACAUUGCACAUCAUGGGAGUUGAGUGUUAAAGGGCUCUCACUCCCUUUUUUUUGUUUGCUUUGUUUGUUUGUUUUCUCCCAUAGAGACGAUCUGAUUAAUGGUCAGUAUAAGCUGCGUGACUGUGUGACACCUGCUUGUUCUGGUAUGAUGACUAAAAGUGCCAGAGGACAGUAAGUGUCUGGAGAUGUGUGAAUGUAUGAGUGCGAAUUUGCAAAGUAAGAAACACUGCUAGAACUAGAGCGUGUAGAAAAGAGGAACAGGUGGUUUUGUAGGGUAUUAACACAGCAAAACUGCUUUAGAGGUGCCCUAGGCAAACUUAAGGUUCCCAGAAGUUUAAUUAACAAGUGUAUUAACUUUAAUCAACCAGUAUUCACACCAUGAAUGGUUAAAAUUCAGUUAACAAUAAUCAACACUUUAAUAAACAUGUUUCGGUUGUUAACUGGUAUAAUUCAGAAACAAAACAUGUUCAACAUUUAAUAAUAAAAUAGUUUUACCAUUUAGCGACAUGCUAUAAUUAAAAUGACACUAAUUUGCGGUUAUAGUGGUACCUCGGCAUAUGGAUCAAUCCUUCCCAGAGGCAAGUUCUUAAGGCGAAAUUUAAAUGCAAAAUAAUGUAAAUGCAGAUAUAAUCUAUUCCAACCACCCAAAAACAUUACCAAUAUUACCAAUUUCUAAUACUAUAAUCAUAUUUUUGCAUAUAAAAACAAUCAAAAUGUUAAGAAAAGAUGUGUAAAUAAUAUGCAACAUUCGCUUUGGCUUGGUUCGUUUACUCAUAUGCUGAGACAGAUUUUUGGCAAAAUUUAAGUUCUUAAGGCGAAAAUUCUUAAGGUGGGCGUUCGUAUGUCGAGGUACCUCUGUACUUAUUUUUAGUCAUGAAUUGGAUACACAUUAGUCAAUGUAGUUGGAUUAAGUGAACAUUUAAACCCAACAUUAAUUGACUUUGUUUAUAUUACUAGUUAUUAGUUAUAAUUUUAUUAUUUAUAGUUCUUAAAAGUUUGAUAAGGCAAGAACUUACAGGUCAAUAGUAAAAUAUUCUAAAUAAGUUAUAAAUGCUGUUUUUUUCUUUACACCUAGGCAGCGUGUAUAUAACAUGACAUAGUUUAAGCCUUCCUCAUAUUUGCCAGCUUUCAGAUAAAUGAUAUUGAAAAGUGAUAAUAGACAAAUGGUCAAAAACAGUGACAAAUAUUUUGCUGUUGAGUUUUUAAUUUUUUUAUUGCUACAGUUUAAAAGAAGGCAUGUUAAAAUGCAAUAUAUAAAAAAAUAACGUUUUGUGAAAACACUUUUUACUUGUAGUGUUUUGCCUUAAUAGGGGAAUCCUAAUAUUACUGUUAAGAUAAAAACUCGACCGACUGCCAUGAAAUGAUAUAAGAGUCUCAUAUAAUUUCAUGUGGAAUGGAAAUUACAAAUACCAAGAUAGACCUCUAAAUAUUACAUAAUGUACUUCAUAAACAGUAGAACAAUGAAACAUGAGGAACUGAGUGUGUGAUGUGAAAUAUAGGGAGUGUUUACAUUAGAUGCCCAGGGUAUGUAAUGAGAAAUGAAUAGUAUGGUUGAAGUCAAGCUGCUUUGUGUGUCCAAGAACUUUUCUUUAAUGGUUGCACUUUGUUGUUUAUGCAAAAAUGUCAUUAUUUCCUGCUGACUUUUCAAUAGAUAGAAAUCCUGUAAGUCUAAGAAAUUUCACUUAUGCUCAUUUUAACAAAUACAGACUAAAAUAAUGCAUUUCCAUUUUAUCUGUUCAAGUUUAUUCUUAUAUUCAAGCUGCCAAUAAUUUUUUCUUUCUUUGUUUUACUAUUGACUCUAAAAAGUUACUUGUUCAAACUAAACAGUGAUAAAUUAUAGUUUCCUGAUGUAGACUGCUUUAGAAUUUUGCACUGAUUAAAAAAACUAUUUAUUAUUUUAACCUUUUUUCAUUACUGUAUAAAGUAAUUCCAUGGAUGAAAAAUGCUGAAGAAUA